UUUUUAUUUUGGCUUGCUGAUCAACGGCCCUUUUUUCCUUCAUCUUUUUUACAGUUUCUAUCUGCCUCUUUUUUUUCUGUCUCUUUUUGUUUUUCGUCUAUUGAGUCCUUUCAAGUGAUUGGGAUGUCUAAUUACGAGUUCAAAAUCCACGUUGAGAAUGAGACGCUAAUCCUCCGUGGGUCAACGGAGGAAUCCCUGGGCUGUGUUUUGCGUGGUUACGUUAUUUUACAUCUUAAAGAAUGUACACGGUUCAAAUCGAUCAGUAUGAAUCUUAUUGGCCGAAUGAAAAUCCAAUGGAAUGAACGUGUGGGGCCGCAUCAACGUAGUCACAAACGGGAAAACGUUGUUUUGGAACAUCAAUGGAUUUUUCUACCGGCUGGCAAGAAAUUGCAUAACCUGGAACCCGACACCUACAGAUACCCCUUUGAACUGGUGCUGCCCGGCGAUCUUCCUGAAUCCAUUGACGGUAAUGCGUUCGGUAGUUUGUCGUACAAACUCAAAGCAAUCGCCGAAAGGCCGGCCUUUUCUCCGAACUUGUCCGACCGCAAAUCUUUACGAUUGAUUCGCUGUGAACCUGCCUACCACAUCAACCAUCCCAUGCGUAUCGCUAGUGAAUGGGCUGACCGAUUGGAUUACGAAAUCAUCGUGCCAAAGAAAGUCUUCAACCGUGGCCAACAGAUUGUCAUCGAUGCGACGGUACGACCGCGGGUCCCUGGCCUACAUGUUCGUUACUUCAGUUGCUUCCUCAAAGAAUACACCUCGUUCACGUACGAUAAUACAAGGGUACACACGGAUUCGCGCAUCAUUCGAUUCUUCCGCGACGAAAGUUUUCCAUCCCGUGGACCGGAAUGGCACAAACGCGAGACCUUGCAAAUUCCAUAUUCGUUCAAUUCUAUCCAAUGUGAUACAACCAGCCAACUAUUCCGCAUUGAACACAAACUGAAAUUUAUCAUGUCGCUGAUUAAUGCAGAAGGCCAUCUUUCGGAACUGCGCGCAUCCAUGCCUCUGGUCAUCGCCCUGGAUGACACGGAUGAAAGCAACGCUUUACCGACGUAUGAAGACUCGUGGCGCUCAGCACGCUACGAACCGUACCUUGCUCUCCCCAGCCUCGAUACCCCGAAUACCCUCCUCAGCUCCCCAGCCUCGGAUAACCAAUCAUUCCCAAGAACACCUGGCACCCCGUCACGAGCAUCGUCUGGUGAACCGCAGUCCAACCAUCACAGUUCGGACGGCGACUACUUUAGCAUCAACCAUCAUCAAAAUUGCCCAUCCCAGGAAACAACCACAGUCACUCUGGGUCGCGUGCCAUCUUACCGUACCGCGUUACGAUCACGUCCCGAGCCCGUGAUACCGAAUAACACCCUACCAUCUUAUGAUAUUUUGUGCCAGUCCUACUGAUUCAUUUGCUGCGCCUCAUUAUCUCGGCCUGCAUUUUUUCCUGGACGGGCGCGGAAAAAACUACUCGCCAUUUGUACAUACAUGCUGCAUAGUCAUUUUUGGAGGCGGAUGUCGAUGGAGCCAAACCAGAUUUGGUAGAUAAAAAUUCAUCUUUUUCUGUAUUGCAUUUUUUGCAACAAUCUUUAAAAUUUGGUAAACAAAGGUGGAUAAUAUUAUAGC